CCUCCAAUCCCGACUGAAGUUACAAUUCAAAUAUCCGACUCGGACAUUACCGUAACUCAAAAUUCGUUGCCAAAUUACAACAUGGAACAAGAGAUUGCCAAUAUCAACACCGACAUGAACACCAGCAUAUGUGAGCUCUGUACCUGCAGAGAUGAGACACUGUCGUGUGUUGGUCUCAGCCCAGAGAAGAGACUCCGCCGAGUGCCUGUGCAGGAGCCUGAAGCCUAUAAUGGCACCUUCACCGUCUUAAAUUUCCAAGGAAAUGCUAUUUCUUACAUUGAUGAGAAUGUAUGGAAAUCAUACUGUUGGACUGAGAAACUAGAUUUAUCCUGCAAUAAAAUCCAAUUUAUUGAAAGACGUACCUUUGAAUCACUACCAUUUCUGCAGUAUGUAAAUCUUGGUUGCAAUUUAAUCACUGAACUGAGCUUCCGAACGUUUCAGGCGUGGCAUGGAAUGCAAUUUUUACACAAGGUGUGAGGAAACUAAGGUACAAAGAGGCCAGGAGACUUGUGUAACUUCCAUAUGACAUGCUCUGCUUUCCCUAGAAAUGAUCUUUGGAAUGGGUGAUAAAAGAUGUCAAGCAAGUAAUGCUCAAAUUAGCAUUGUCUUGGGAGCCCCAACAAUGCUGCUUUGAUAUGUGAAUUGUCCUUGAAAUCCUACGUUUGAAUAUAACUUUGAUUCCUACUCAUUUACAGAGUUUCUAACCGCUGAAAUGUAUACAGCGUCUAGCCACAAAGGAGGAAGCGUAACACAAAGUCCUCCAGGGUGCAAAAGGGGAAGGAUGUUUUCUCGGAGUCAGUUUCUUUUAGUUUUUUAUUUAUUUAUUUAUUUAUUUUUUUGGUAGAGACAGAGUCUUACUUUAUUGCCCUUGGUAGAGUGCUGUGGUGUCACACUGCUCACAGCAACCUCCAACUUCUGAGUUUAGGCGAUUGUCUUGCCUCAGCCUCCCAAGUAGCUGAGACGACAGGCGCACGCCACAACGCCUGGCUCUUUAUUUUUGUUGCAGUUUGGCCGGGGCUGGGUUUGAACCCACCA